AGCAAUUGCACAACAAAAACUGACAAUCACGGUUAUUAACUUAUAAUUUUGGGCUUCCUCUAUUUCAUUCAACCCUUCUCAAUCACUAAUCACCAUCCCUUCCUCUCAAACCAUCUCUAUCCUUCGAACAACAACCCAACAAAAAACACACAGAUAAAUAUGGCUUUGACAACAAGCACUCCAUCUCUUACAUCAAGAUCAAUUUUCGGAAACUCAAAUGGAUUCAAUUCGCCGAAACCUCAUCAACCCAAUUUCUGUUUGCUCCCAAUUAGAGCCUCGAAAUCUCCAUCAACAUCCACAACUACCCAGAAUCCGAAUCCAAAAUGGUCUUUAGACAGUUGGAAAGCAAAGAAAGCCCUUCAACAACCCGAAUACCCUGACCUGAAUGAGUUGGAUUCAAUUCUUAAGACCCUUGAAUCUUUCCCACCAAUUGUAUUCGCGGGAGAAGCUCGGAGCCUCGAAGAAAGACUUGGUCAAGCGGCCAUGGGAAACGCGUUUUUGCUUCAAGGGGGCGAUUGUGCUGAGAGUUUCAAGGAGUUUAGUGCUAAUAAUAUAAGGGAUACUUUCAGGGUUCUUCUUCAGAUGAGUGUCGUUCUUAUGUUUGGUGGUCAGAUGCCUAUUGUUAAAGUGGGCAGAAUGGCUGGUCAAUUUGCAAAGCCAAGAUCAGAUGGUUUUGAGGAGAAGAAUGGAGUGAAAUUGCCAAGCUACAGGGGUGAUAACAUUAAUGGAGAUGCAUUUGAAGAAAAGGCGAGAAUUCCAGAUCCUCAUAGGAUGAUAAGGGCAUACACUCAAUCUGUGGCAACUUUGAACCUUCUAAGGGCCUUUGCUACUGGAGGUUAUGCUGCCAUGCAAAGGGUCACUCAUUGGAAUCUUGAUUUCACCGACCACAGUGAGCAGGGUGACAGGUACCGUGAACUAGCCCAUCGGGUUGAUGAAGCUCUUGGCUUCAUGGCUGCUGCUGGACUUACACUAGAUCACCCAAUCAUGACGACAACAGAAUUUUGGACAUCGCAUGAGUGCUUGCUCUUGCCAUAUGAGCAAGCUCUUACAAGAGAAGAUUCAACUUCUGGAUUGUACUAUGAUUGCUCUGCUCACAUGAUUUGGGUUGGAGAACGUACACGACAACUUGACUGUGCUCAUGUUGAGUUCUUGAGAGGGGUUGCUAACCCUCUUGGUAUUAAGGUAAGUGAUAAGAUGGAUCCUAAUGAACUUGUUAAGCUGAUCGACAUUCUUAACCCUCAAAACAAGCCUGGGAGGAUUACUGUGAUUACCAGGAUGGGUGCGGAGAAUAUGAGGGUAAAACUUCCGCAUCUUAUUAGAGCCGUUCGUCGUGCUGGUCAAAUUGUAACUUGGGUUAGUGACCCAAUGCACGGGAACACCAUCAAGGCUCCUUCUGGUCUCAAAACCCGGUCCUUCGAUUCUAUCAGGGCGGAGGUUAGCGCAUUCUUUGAUGUUCAUGAUCAAGAAGGAAGCUACCCUGGAGGAGUUCAUCUGGAGAUGACGGGUCAGAACGUGACAGAGUGUGUAGGAGGUGCACGUACCAUCACAUACGAUGAUUUAAGCUCUCGCUACCACACACAUUGUGAUCCAAGGCUCAAUGCUUCUCAAUCGCUAGAAUUAGCAUUCAAUAUUGCCGAGCGUCUUCGUAAGAGAAGACUAGGAACACAACACCGUUUAAGCUACAAUUCUCUUUAGGAAGUUUAAGGAUCUCCCUUAAAUUUCUUGGUGUCAUAUAUAUAUAUAUAUAUAUAUAUAUAUAUAUAUAUAUAUAUAUAUGUUGUCAAAUAGAUAUAUGAAUAUAUACCAACAAAAAAGGGAAAUAGACUACUGCAUGUUUUUUUUUUCCAAAACUAUUUGAUCUGUGGGUCUAGUUUUGCAAGACCCAGAUCCGGAUCCGCGGAUAUUGUGGAUCCAGUACCGGAUUCGGGUUCAAAACGGGUCCGACUUGUUUUUGCUUUUUUUUUUUUUUUUUUGUAUUUUUGAAUGUGUUGAGAUUGUAAUAAAGUGAUAUUUAUAGAUUAAUGUUAAUA